AUGAACGCUCCUUACGACCUCACCACUUCCUACGCCAACGCCAAUCUAGACUCGGCCGCUGCCACCCAAACACCAAACUUCAUUUUCAGCGAGACCCAGUCGACAACAUCUAGGAUCACUCUGUUCGCAUGCAAGAGUCCGCCGUUGACAUGUCUGCUAAUCAAGCAAUGGCUCCUCGACACCUUCAGCAGCGAUGACCUCCGCGCCCCUGGGAUUGUGCUCGCCCCUUUACUCCAUCUCUUGGACCACCAUCACCAACUCCAUCUUCUCACAUCGCUCGCUCCGCCCUCGCGCCACAACGCCCGCCUGUACACCUACGUCCGCGAGAAUUUCCUCCGCGCAAUUGAACUGCCCGACUCCCCCGAUUUCCUCACCGCGCAAUCCAUCACCGACUACUGUCCGAGCAUUCUCGAUCCGAACACAGCCCUCAAACGGCUCGAAGCGAGCGAAGCCCUGCACUUCGGAUACAUGAGACCUCCUGACGCGUGGUCUCUGGACCUCAGCGACGAUCGCUAUCUCCUUCACCUGCACGAGGCAGAGCGCGAGGUGGCGAGCAUUGCCGGGCUCAAGUGCGCCGAGUACCUGGUCGUGAAGCGAAACUUCUUCCGCGCCUUUUGGACUGAGAUCUACCGGUGUGACAAGAAGCUAUUCGCUGAUUCGAGUGAAGAUGAGCUCGUUGCUGCUGCAAGCACUGCCAGCACGUCAGCGGCGCCGCCAUCGACACUCAAACCGCAGCAUGUCCGCUCAGAUAAUGCGCAUGCAGUUUGGUUAGAGAAGGCGUACAGCAUGCGCAAGUCACGGGCGCACCUGGUGGUGGUGGCGUGGAAGGAGCUGGGUUUCUUGGAUGAGCAGCGCUUCAAGGCCUGGGUGAAGGCGGGUGGCAUGUUCGAGACCAGCUCAGAGGAUGAGGAUGAAGGAGGAGACGUGGGAGAGGAUCGUUCUCUUGCAAACCUGCCUCCUCCCUUGGCUGCGAGGCGCGGGUUAUACUAG